AUGGCUCGUGGGAUAUGGGAAGGAGAUGAUCGUGGGUCGUUAAAGGUUAUUAAUUGUGGAUUGAAGCUGAAGAAGUUUGCUGAAGUUCCAAUGCCAAAUGUUGUACAACAUUGGAUUCUAUUUUUAGCUUACCUCACUAUGGCUGAUGUUGGUCUGAUAUCUGCUUUUGUUGAAAGGUGGCAUAUAGAGACCAACUCAUUUGUUUUUCUAUUUGGACAGAUGACCAUCCCAUUGAACGACGUCGUGACUCUUUACCUCUCAGCCCAUUGUAAAUUUUUUGAUGCACAUAUGAAUAUGAACACUAAUAAUACUGCAAGAGAUGCACAUGAGUUCUUAGGUGCAACAUGGGAGGAAACAUGUGCUGAAAUUACUUAUAAUAAAUGUGUGCAAUAUUUACUACAAUGGUUGUGUGAUUUAUAUAACCGUCUCAUUCAAAGUAACAUGUUUGAGUGUGCGGCUAGAAUGUAUCUGUUGCAUUUAGUUGGCAGCACUAUUUUGGCCGACAAAACACAUACGCGUGUGGAGGGGAAAUAUGUUAGUUUGUUUAUUGAUUUAGAUCGUUGUCAGGACUAUUCGUGGGGUACCGCUUCAUUAGUUGUCCUAUAUGACAAUAUGAGAUAUGGAACUAUCCACGACAGUCGACAGUUGGGAGGUUACAUGACCCUAUUACAGCACUUUCCUAGGAUCAGUAAGCGGGGUGAUAGAGGAGCGGUUCCUGCACAUCUUCCAAGAGCAUGUAGGUGGAAUGCAAAAUACGCUGUUGAAGGUGGACUGAUGACAUAUCGGCGGAGACUUGAUGCUUUGUUGCUCGAGGAUGUAGUAUUUACACCAUAUGAUAAUGAUCGAGCUAAUCAUCCAUUUGCAUUGACUUCGAUGUUCUCCAGAUACCUUCGAUGUGGUGGAGUCUCAGUCCCAUAUCAGCUGGAGCGAUGUCUUCAAAAGUUUGGUCGUAUUCAAUGCAUUCCAUGUGACAUUCCUCGGGCGCCAAACAAUAUAGAUUGGGAGUGGCAGACUACUAUGAGAGCAUCUGUAGCUGCUUUUUGGAGCCUAUAUCCUAUAGCGACUUUUCUUAGAGAGGUCAUUGCAGACUACUAUGCAUGGUACUUAAAUGUUUCACAUCCUCUAAUCUUCCCUCCACCAACCGCUAUUGCACCUUCGAUUCCACCUACUGUUGCACAUGAUCCUCACAUUCUGCAUUUAUUUUGA